AUCAUACUAAUUCAUAGGAGUACUUUAAUUUGAUAAUUUCACGCACCUAACAGCUCCAAUAUUGUACUGGCCAUUAGUUAGUCGGUUGCGAAAAAAGUCAAAAAUGGGCACAUCUACGAAAGUCCGGAGAGUUACGUCCCAACAACAAGACGACGACGACGCGCGGGAACGUUAACGUAACCGACACGUAAAAUAGCCGUUUACACACUUUCAUUUGGACUCCUCAUAAUUAAUUUCCACAACCAACAUGGCUGCCGCCGUAUCGGAGAAAAUGAUGGCGGCGUCACCACCGCCGUCGCAACAUAUGCAUAUCUCACCUUCUACUUCUCAGAGCGUCCUUGACACCGCCUCUGAUAUUUCUCCCGAUCGCCGCCCUACUUCUCUUGAUUCUUCCACCGUUAGCCCUCCACGUUUAUCUGAUGCUCAGAAUCAGCUAGCUAUGAGGAGUGAAGAAUAUCGACAACUUUUUCGUUUACCGCCUGAUGAAGUCCUGGUUCAAGAUUUUAAUUGUGCGCUGCAAGAGAGUUUUCUGCUUCAGGGUCAUAUGUACCUCUUUGGCCAUAAUAUUUGCUUCUAUUCCAAUCUAUUCGGCUUUGAGACAAAGAAAAUAAUUCCUUUUCAUGAGAUCACGGCAGUACGAAGAGCUAAAGCUGCGGCCAUAUUCCCGACGGCAAUAGAAAUAGUAGCCGGAGGAAAGAAGUACUUUUUUACAUCUUUCCUGUCCCGAGAUGAAGCUUUUAAUCUUAUCAGUGAUGGUUGGCUACAACACAAUGGGCCGGCUGAAGAGUCUACUGAUCUGGAGCCAAAAUCUGAUCUAAACUUCCUAGAUAGUGGAAUAGUAGAAGGAUCAGAUAGUUUCAGGCAGCCAAUGGAAGGGGUGGAAUCCCUCGAAAGGAAUAAGGAUGACAAGGUACAGGAAGACUCAAAGCCAUUAGUCAAUGGUGAAUUUGAAAUUGUGUCAAAGCCUUUAGGAGUGCAGGACAAUGUGGAAGAAGAAGCUGUUAUUGUUCAAAAUACUGAUUGUUCAUCAUCUGGAAAGUCCUCUGUUUUGAGGCAGGAGGAUUCCGAUGCACCUAGGGUCCCUGAAUGCUUUACACUUGUUGCAGAGGCAAAGUUUCCGGUGAAGGUUGAGAAGUUCUUUGAACUCUUCAUUUCAGAUGAUGGUGUUGCUUUUCAGGAGUUAUUCCGUAGAAAAUGUGGUGACAAAGAUUUUAAGUGCACACAAUGGCGUCCUCAUGAAGAUUUUGGGCACACUCGUAGUUUGUCGUUUCAGCAUCCUAUUAAAAUCUAUUUAGGUGCAAAAUUUGGUGGCUGCCAUGAGGUUCAGAUGUAUCGUUGUUACAGAAACAGUCACCUGGUGAUCGAGACAUCACAAGAAGUCAGUGAUGUUCCUUAUGCAGAUUAUUUUCGAGUGGAGGGUUUUUGGGAUGUAGAAAAUGAUGGGGAUGGACCUGAAGGAGGCUGCAGUUUGAAGGUGUACAUAAAUGUGGCAUUUACAAAGAAAACCAUGUUUAGAGGGAAGAUAAUGCAGUCUACCGUUGAUGAAUGUCGAGAAGUGUAUGCCAUAUGGAUUGCCCUUGCACAUGAACUGUUGAAGCAAAAGAAGUUAGAGAAGGAAGAAGCUGGUGGUCGUGCUGCUAAUGUGGUAACAAGUGCUCAGCCAAAAGAAAGUGCUGAACAUGUGGAAAAAUUAGAUGAGUCAAGUAAUGAAGUCAGGUCACAAACACUGUCGCUCAACCAGCAAGCUGCAGAUUCCCUGCAGGGUAGCUGUAGCAGUCCUGUGCCCAUUACUUCCUUGUGUAGAGAUUUCAUGCUCAAGUGUUCAUCAUCUCUGAAAUCUCAAAGUCAAGUUUCCAUUCUUGUAGUGAUUGUCAUUGCUGUGAUCCUGCUCUUAAUGCAGAUGAGCAUAGUCGUGUUAUUAAGUAGACCUCAGCACGUCCACGUGAUACCUCAAGGGGACUUUGCAGGUAGCAUGUAUCGACUAGGAGAGACGGGUGUUGAUACACUAGCUUUUCUGGAUAAAAAGAUUAAUCAUCUAAAAGAUGAGAUGCUUAUGGUCGAAACACUGCUCGACAAAAUGCAGCAGGAGCACACUCUUCUAAAGACGAAACUGGAAGAGUUUGAGCAUCUACGGAGGCGGCAGAAAGGAUAAACGAGCUGUGUACAUAGAUGCUGCUGCUUCUUUUGUCCAUUUUAUCUUAUUUUGGGGUGAAAGGCUUGCUUGUUGUACAUUUUUCUGAUUUUUGUUUUUUGAUAUCCAUGUACAUUUUGAAUUACUACAUGGUUGCACUAUCUUCUAUAUAAAAUAGUAAAACAAUUGUAAAUAUAUAAUAGUAUAACUAAUACA